CAAUUCCCAGAAGCACUUGGAAUCUCGCCUGCCUCCUCCUCCUCCUCCUCCUCCCCCAGCUGGCUUGAAGGCUGUUAUUGUUGUUGCUAAAAGCCACCAAAAUGGAAGAGGUGGAGUCCCAGCCUGGCGUGGCUUUCCUGAAUGUGGCCUCGAGCUAUGUGCCCCACGCAAAGGUGGAGUGUCAUUACAACCUGCCACCUGGCAUGAAGCCAUCAGCCAGAGACUGGGUCGGGAUCUUUAAGGUGGAAGCCUCUUCAGUGCGUGAUUAUUAUACCUUUGUGUGGUGCACGGUGCCAGAUGGAGGAGCUUCUGCAGGAGCCCUUCUUCACUGCAGCGUCCAGUUCCAGGCCAGCUACCUGCCUAAACCAGGCCCCCAACAAUACCAGUUCCGCUAUGUGGACCGCCGUGGAGAAAUGCAUGGUCAAAGUUCCCCUUUCCAGUUCAGUGAGCCACGGCCCAUGGAUGAGCUUGUCACUCUGGAGGAAGCUAGUGAUGAUGGUGGGGGCACUGACAUGUUGCUGGUGGUUCCCAAGGCCGCCCUGCUAGAGACGCAGCUGAAGGAGAGUCGGCAGGAGCAAGGAGCCCUGUUGCAGGAGUCAUGCCGCCUGAAGGAUGAGGUUCAAGAGCUGAGAAGCCGCAUGGCUGAGCUAGAAGCAGCCCUUGGCUCCCUUCGUGAUGAGCACACCAAGCUGGCUGCGCAGUACAAGGAAUUAUCAAAUUCUUAUGCAGACACGUCCAAGCAGAGAGACACACUAAGCCUUCAAGAAGCUGAGCACAUGGCCCGAAUCCGAGAACUGGAGGGUGACAUCCAGGCCAUGGGCGAGAAGAUGCUACAAAGAGAGACGGAGCUAGACAGAAUGAAGGAUACUGUCAAGUCUCUGCUGCGUGAGCAGGAGCAGAUUCACAACCAGCUCAAAGAGGAGAAUGCUGAGAAAGAGCAGUACCAGGUAAAGCUGCAGGCCUCAGAAGAGGAGAGCCGCAGCCUGGCCUCUGACCUGCAGGAAGCCAAGACCCUCCAUGGUGAGAAGAUCUCACAGUCUCUGGUGCUGCAGGAGGACAUUAGCAAAUUACAGCAGAAGCUAGCAGCUGCUAAUCGCCGCAUUGCCCAAAUGGAGACCCUGUGUGAACAACUGCGCUCCACACAGGAUGUCCUGGCUGCCAGCCAGCAGAAGGUGGCGCUCUUAGGGGAAGAAUUGGCCAGCGUAGCCUCCAUCCGGGAUCGCACCAUCUCUGAUCUGCACAAGAGCCGCCUCGAGGCAGCCGAGAUCAACAUCAAACUUGCUGACAUGACUCUCAAGUGGAAAGAGGGCAAAGGCCAAUGGUGGAAGGAGAAGGCCACACUGCUGCAGAACAUGGAGGCAGAGAAGGACAAAAUCCUGAAGCUGAGUGCCGAGGUGCUGCGCCUCGAGAAGAGCCUGCAAGAAGAGCGGGCACAGCACCAGGUGUUGCGUUUGGAGUUGGCACAAGAGCGUGACUCCAGUCUGGUGCAGGUCUCUGAGAGCCGCCGGGAGCUACGGGAGCUGCGGGCUGCACUGCAGGUUGCCCAGAAGGAGAAGGAGCAGCUACAAGCCGAGAAGCAGGAGCUGCUGGUGUACAUACGGUGCCUUGAAGAGCGUCUGGAGAAAGUGGCUGAUGAGAAAUGGAGUGAAUCUAUUCUUGGCGACAAAGAGGAGACAGCGCCAGACUCCCCUGACUCCCCGGACUCGCCGCUGUCUGACUCUGAGGAUGAAUGCCCUGAGGACAUGCGCCUGCCUGCACAGCUUGGUUCCUACAGUCUGUGUGACAACCGGGCAGCUACCACCACACCACCCUGUGCCCGGGGACCUGCUCACACUGUGGUGAUCAGCCAGCCUGCACCCAUUGCCAGUCAGAUCAAACAGCCACCUGAGGAUUCCAGUUCUGACUCGGAGGCAGAGGAUGAGAAGGCGGUGCUGAUGGCUGCUGCGGAGAGCGGUGGCGAAGAAACAAACCUGCUCCUUCCAGAGCUGAGCGGUGGCUUCUAUGAAGUGGCCAGUGGCCUGGCAGGGCGGCAGAUGUCGGAACCGGGGGCCUGCGGCAUGGGGGCAUCCCCCUUGGACCUGCCCUCGCCAGCACUUUGGAAGGAGUGCCCCAUCUGCCACGAGCGCUUCCCACCUGAGAGUGACAAGGAAACAUUGGAUACGCAUGUCGAUGGGCACUUCUUUUUCAGUACCCAUGACCCCUUUACUUUUGAGUAACUGCUUUCUCCUUACCCCCCAACCACCACCACCGUGCCCCCUCUGUUUCCCCCUCCCUCUUCAGUGGGAUCCAGGCUGGGUAUCUAUCUUCCCUUCCAUAGUGAGAUUGCUGCAGUGACUGCAUUGCCCCAACAGUGUAACUUCACCUGCUAGGUUGUAGCAAGGGGGAACCAUCUUUCUGGGACCCUCUCUAUGGUGGUGCAGUCAACCUGUAUCGGAAGGGACAACACACAUACACACUUUUAUAUGUACACACAUUACACUAAACUGAAUGUCAGUGGCCGAGAGCUCAGAAAUUAAGUAGAAGACUUCCUUUAACCUCUUACAUGCCAGAGGACCUAUGAGGACCUGUUCACACACAAUCAAUUAUCCUAUGAUGGCAACUGAGUUUGAAAAAAGAGCUGUCAAUCCCUGACAAAGCUCAACGGGCUCUUAAUCUCCUCUUGCUUAUCCUGGUGUAAGUGACCAUGUGAAACAAUAAAGCGGAGAUAGUCAAUGUGGUCCCUUCCAGAUGUAGUUGGACUCGUAACUCCCGUCAGCCCCAGUCCAGCAAUUUCUGGAAUGCACCAAAUUGGCUAGCCCUGCAAAUAACAGGUCAUCCAAAUGGUUGUAAUCUUUUGGUGGGUGGACCUCUCCGUUCAGUGGAGAAAUACCUCAGCAAAAGGGUGUUACUGAAAUAUCCUGCAAUUAUGUGUGCGUGUAGACAGGUUGUUAGUGUUUUAAUCGCAGAAUAGUAAUCCUAUGAUGAUAAACACAUCCACAUACUUCUGGGCAGCACACACAUGAAAUGCCUGUUCAGAAUGGCCCUAUCUAGUCUGGGGGCAGGAGACCUGCAAGGCCCAGAGCUCCAAGGUACAGGGGGACAUGGGGACGUUUCAGGGUUCCAUUGUGAGCGUCAAAAAACCAAAGGCCAUGCUGUAAUGCAUAAUGACGCACUUGUUUACACACACACUAAUGAGUGGGGUUUCUCUCUCAUAAACUUUGUUGCUCCAGCUGUUAACCCUGGUAGCGCAGAAAGCAACAUAAAUCAAGUUGUCAACUUUUUAAAAAACUACACAUUUUAAGAAUUUGCAUACCCCCUGUCCCUCUCCCUCUAGUUGUCAGCACAAACUAUGCCACAGAACUUGCCUUGUGAAAAAAUCUGUAAUGGAACAAAAAGCCAUUUUAGUUAGAAAUAGGCUGCUGUUGACAUCUGAACAGGAAAAAUAUGAAGCUGAGCAGAUAUAGAGGGGCUGUUUAGACAAUCUUUUCUGAUCUUGCUUCCACAUGCUGCAAGGUUGGGAGUGGGUCCUGGGUUUGCAUGCUUCCUUGCUGUCUCUUGCCCGCUGUUCUCACCAUUAAGAAUUAAUGGCCGAAGUAGGAGGUUGUAGGAUCUCCUGGGUUGGGGCAUUACAUGUCAUGAGGAACAUGGGAACCCACUGAAGAUCUUACUGCACAUACAGGUGAGAUCAGAAUUGUUGUCGUAAUGAGAGAGAUGGGAGUUGGAAAGGAACAUUAAGAAGCCAAAUCCCUUGGGUAAGGCUGGCCUCUGCAGCUGUGGGUCAUGUACUGGGGAUGGACAGUUUCAGUAAAGAGGACAGGGGCAUCUUAGAGAGGUGAGGGAAUAAAAAGACCAGCACAACAUGGACAAGGCCACGUCUUUUAUUCCAGGUUGGUGGUCUCCCCAGAUUGAUUUGCACCCCAUAGUUUUGUGUUUGCUGCAGUCCUCAGCACACUAACCUGAGAGCAAUUCUCAUUGAACUCUUGGGGUGUCCAUCCCCUUGAUCUGUGAGGUGGGUAGUCUGAGGGACAGGGCCUUCUCUGUUGUGGCUUCAUGCUUUUGGAACUCCCACUAGAAGUGUGGCAGACCACUACACCUAUUUAUUUUGAUUGCCUUCCCUGAGUUACUUUUAUCCCAUUGGAUGGGCUAGGCCUGAAAACACAGCAUAGAAUAAUUUUAAAUAAAUAAUAUAGAAUAAAUAGAGAGGGAGGGGAAGGCUGUAUCUUAGCAGUGGGAGGGCUUAGAGGUAAAGCAAAUGAACAAAAGCCCCUCCCACUUGCUGGACUCUAUCAUUUUGGCUGCAAGUUGAAUCUCUGGAUGCUCUCCUUGCAUAGAGUACUCUCUCUGCAUACAAAAUUAACAUGUCAGGAAGAUAGGAAGCAGCCUUAUCCCAAGUCAGACCAUUGGUCCAUCUAGCUCAGUAUUGCCUGCACUGACUGGGAGCAGCACUCCAGAGUUUCAGGCAGGAGUCUCUCUCAUCUCCUACCUGGAGAUGCCAAAGAUUGAGUCUGGGACCUUAUGCAUGCAAAGCAGAUGCUCUACUACUGAGCUAUAGCAAGCACUUCCUUUUCUAGGGUGUAUAUUCCCCCUCUUCCCCACUGUCUGAAAUGGCCCGGCCCAGCAAUACACACCUCUAGCGGGGCUUCUGUUCAUCCAACUUUUAACUCCUGUGUGUGAGCAGGAAGCAAACAGAUGGAUGCAAAUGAAUGAAUCUGUGUAUUUAUUGUUUUGGCUAUAGGCACUUACUUCAGCAAAACCCAAAAGGUUUUAUAGCUUUACAUUUAUAUAUUACAUGGCAUUUUGUGUGUUUUUGUUUCAUUUUAAAUAACUAAAGCAACCAGAGUGGUAGAUGCAUAAAUUAGAGUCAAGCAGAGAAGGGCUUCCAAUAAAACCUCCUCCUGCAUGCCUCAACAUCACCAGUAAACAAAAUUACACACAUUCACAGGCAGUUUUCCCCCACCCCCUUUAAAAAUGAUCGGUAUAUUUCCUAAAUGUAGCUGUUACCUUUGCAUAAAUAGCUAAAAAGGAGGUUAUUUAUUCUGUAAUAACUCAGGCUGCAAAAAAUGAAAAUUCAGCAACAGAGCAAUGUGGGGGAUAAAACCCAUUCCUUUCCUAGCAAGGAGUAAAAAGGAGUGGGGAAGGGUCACUCUCGGGAUAUUCUUGGAUUAAAGAUGAAUCCAGCUGUUUUUGAUCAGGGUGGUAGUCUGCAACCCCUGCCCCAGGAUAAAUGAGGCACAUUCUGUAAAAUUGCACAAGCAGUGAAAGGAUUUUACCUCCAAAAUAAAAGGAAGCAAAGUCUUUAGAUUUCAGAAGGAAAGGGGGCAGAGUGGGCUACUGCAAGGAAGAGAGCCUGGUAGCUCUAACUACUAAUUUAUGCAGAAUUUUGAGCUGGGGGCUAUGCAUGCGUAGAAUACACAAGGUGUGUUUUUAGAUUAAAGAAUAACUCCCCCUCAUCGAAGUCCUGGUGAUCAGGGUCACCCACCCCCACAUUCUGCAUCCAAAACAAAUGAGACAAAGAUUGUGCAUUUGCAUAGCACUGAAGUAAAUUCUGCUUCCAGAGAAAAGGAUAGCAAAUUUCAGAAGAGAAGCCAGAUAAGAUGGCUACGAGAGAGAGAGAGCCCUUUGGUAACUUAAAUGACUGACUUAUUUAUUGUGGCAUAGAUUUUCAUAGGCAAGAGCCCACUUUAUCAGAAACGGUACCAAACCAGUACAGGAUAUUUUCAAAAGGAUUAGAAUGGCAUGGAGACUGAUGUCACAUGAUGCCCGCAGCAGAGGGGUUUUGGUCAGUAGUAGCCACAGAUGAAAGGUGAGUUGUGGAAGACACUGACCCCCCCCCAUUGCAGAACCCUGGGGUCCUAUCACUCAGAAAAAAGGAAUGAUUGGCCAGCCCCAUUCAGAUCCAUCUGCCUAUCUUUGCCACCUUAAGGGCUUGUAACAUGGGGAGCUUUUUGGUUUUGCUGAGCUAGGAAUCACUGAUGUGCAGAAUACACAGGGAACUGCUGUGCUGGUCCCAAUUCUAAUAUGGAAGAAACCCAGUGCAGUCACUCAGCAUAUUUGGGCUCUUGUGUAGUAGCAGCAGGCAGGUAAUGAUCAUGAACAUUGUGCGUGUGUGUGUGUUUGCCAUUAUGCACAGAUUUGUCAUGGGCAGGGCAUGUGGGACUUUCUUUGUACUAUACACCCAUCAAAUAGCCACCUCUACUACUGUCGGGGUUGUAGCCAAUGCUCAUCCUGUUCAGAGUAAACCCACUGAAACCAAUAGACAUGACUAAGUUAGGUGUAUUAAUUUUGGUGGGUCUACUCUGAGUAGGACAUAAUUGCAGCCCAGAGUGAGGAUAGACCCUGGCACUUCAUUUCUGGCUAAACAGUUACUCCAUAGUUCUUUCUGCCUCCGGUGAAGGAGUAGCAUAAUAUCUACAGGUGCAACCCUCAAGGUGCAUAUCUGCACAUUUGGUGGUAGCGAUGGUCAACAUUUGUUAGGGGAUAGUAGCCCACCCAUGAUCAUCUUACCUCCCAGCCUGGUUCCCAUUGUUAAGCAAUUUGUUUGGCAGCCAGUCUACACCUGCAGCAUGAUCUUGUGUGGUCCAGUUAAAACUGCAGGGGGGGGGAUUACACGUAUGAACCUUCCCCCAUAAACAAACUCCCUGCUCACAGAAUGUCAGCAUGGCAGGGAGAAGGGUUCAGUUCUUGCCUUCCCUCUGUUGUGCUAGUUUCUAUAGUUUGUGGGGAGCACUUUGAAAAUGUGAUGCACCAUCUGCAGUCUGAAAUGAUACGUUCCAGGAAAAGCUGUAUGCCCUGAUUCUGCUGAAUGUGUAGAUCGGCUCGGAGAUUGGUUCAGAGGCAAGGAUUCAUUACAUGAUGGUUGAUGAUAUCAGAUUUUCAUUUUUUAUUUUAAAUUUAUUCUUUUGUAAGAACUGCCAGGAACAGAGAGGGCAAAUGAGAAGGUGGCCCUCAACCAGCCGUAGUUCCUUAAGUAGACUUGGUUCCCCCACCCCUCUCCUGUUUGUUUUGCGGUUGUUAUUUUUAAAUAGCCCUUUCUCAGUGCUGGCCUGCCACCUCCUCAGCUUGCUACCCAAUGACUACUGCUGCAUGCGUCUCCCUUCCACUGCGUUGCACCCUGCACGGGGGGCCCAUUGUGUUUAGUUUAUUAUGUAACCCCUGUUUGGAUCCUCCCCAUCCCCUGUACAUAUAUCCCUGGGCUUCCCCAUUUGUUGAGCUUUGCACUUGCUUUCUGCAAAGUUUUGGUUGCAAAUUCUUCUUUUUAUAUUCCCCCUACUUGGCAUCUCUGCUGGGCCUUGAGAAGAAGGAUGCAAGGCUUGUAUGGAGCUGGGGGUGGACAGGACAGAGAGAGACAUCACAUCCACACCAAACCUUUAAAGCACUCUUAUACCACUUUUAACAGUCACAGAGAAUCCCAGGAACUGCAAUUUGCUAAGGGUGCUGACCUCAUAGAGGUUUCCAGGACCUUUAGCAAACUACAGUUCCCAGGAUUCUCUAUGACUGUUAAAGUGGUGUAAGAGGACUUUAAAUGUAUGGUGUGGAUGUGACCAGAGAUGAUGACUCUGUAGCGACUGUGCCUUUUGGGGAGGCUGUGACACCUCUGCUCACUUGCACGGGAACCUUUUCAAUGAGUGACACAUUUGUGGCCAUGGAUUCUUUUCAUCUGCUUCUUCCUCGCCCAUCUUUUUCUGAAUGUAAUAGUCAAUGGCAAAAAGUUCAAAGCAAUAACCUUUUUCCCUCCCCCCAAUCUUGACAUACCCCCAAGUCUAUGUAUAGGGUGUACAUAUAUAUAUUUAUAUUUAUAUGACAUGUUGCAGCUAUUCUAAUAAAAUGCGUCCUCUCCGCAACAA